UCCCUGACUCUCGGUGGCGGCAGCUCGGGGAGGCAGCUGUAUGUGCGCCUGCAUAUCAAUUGCCACAGGUAAAGACAGCUGCAUCGUCGGAUGUUGCCGACCCCGCGGGGUGUGUGGGGGGCGGGGGUCGAGGGAUGCUUCGAUGCUGCUGCGGCUGCAAGUUCUCAUCCGAGCUCCCGGAGCACAUUUCUAAUCAGCUCCAAGAAAGCGUCCUGGAGGGAACGAAGAGCGGAGGAUCCCAGCAACCCGACCAACAAAUCACAAGCUGACUGAAAGAGCGCAGGCUUUCAGGGACUGAGGGGGGGAGGAAAGGCACUACUCAGAGAGCGAGGAGAGAGAAACAGUGGGAUAUUUUUAUCACUGUGUCCUCCUGUCUGCUUCUUUUAUCUCUUUCCAUCUCUGUGUUUUUUCUUUUCUGAAUUAUCUGCAUCCAUCGCCUGCCGCCCGUCCUCUGCCUCUCUCGUUGCAUCCCUCUGUGGCGGAAUGUUCUCUGGAAAUAGAUGAGAGGAGGCUUGGUGCAGUAUCAGUGGACGGGAUACUGAGACAGCAGGGCGCUGAGCGGACAGUUUGGUGAAAUCCGAGCCGGCUGGAGAAGGAGCAGGAUCACGUCGCAGAUUUAUCCGCCCUGCGCGACAACACCCCUAAGUCCUUUCACUCAACCUCUCAGUCCUUGUCUGAGAAAAUGGAUCAGGAACAUUAAUUGGAUUCUACUGCUGAUAUUUUCAGCCUGAGUCGAAUAAAGAGUGCACAUUAAGGAAGCAAAGUGGGUUUGGAACCAAAGAGUGAAAAAAAAAAAGGAGAAGCUGAUUGAAAAGCAACGGGCAACACAGACAGCGGAUAAUCCAAGGAGAGUGUUCGACAGACGCAUAAACAGCAGACCUAUCCCUCUCCUCCAGUUACGAAAGAGACAGAUUUCGGGGUCUGGGGGACGCUGACUCUGCUAAAGCUUUUGGAACAGGCUGCAUCGGACAACAUCUUUCAUUUUUUUCUUGAUCCGCCACGGGGCGGGGAGGCAAAAAGACCCUCCCUGCAAGUUCCACUCCCUUCCUCAGAGGACACCGUCCCAUCGCGGAUGGUGCCUUGUUGGGACGCAUUUGAGUAGAAAUAGAAAAAGCUGUUCGUUAUUUUUACUGCAGCGACAUCUGAACGCCGAUGCCACGGAUUCCUCACACGCGCGGAUGUAAAGCGGUUCCUUCUCACCCACCCAUCCCUCCUGUCCCCUUCUCUCCCAGUUAGACGCAUCACUUCUUCAUCUUCUCUCCUGGCUUAUCCUGCUGUUAAUGUUUUUUAAAGUUCACAUUUGGACACCGGGUGUUAGGCGGGACUAAAAACAGACUCAACGGUUGAUAAUCGGUCCGCGCCAGCGCUCCCGUUUCUCACUGCUGUCUCUGAGGGUGAGUGUGCGUACUUGUGUGUUUGUGAAAGGGUGUGUGCACGUAUCUCCUGCGCCCCUCCCUUUCUCUUUAUCCCCGGAUUACAUAUUUUUGUGCUUGUUAAUAAGUGUCAGAUUCCGUUGAAGUGGUUUUGUGUCCGUUCGUUCACCUUUUUUCUCACUGUCCGGCAUCGUUGGGAACCUUUCCGCCAUGUGCCACCGGUCCUCAUCGCAGGGUUAACCCUCAAUGAGCCAUAAAGGACGGCGGGGAAGGAUGAGCGAGUGUUCUGGAGCAGCUGUUUCCGGGGCGGUGAUCCUGGAGGAACCUGAGGGUUCGGGGCCCUCAGGGGGGCACGUUGAAGGCCAGGCCCAGGAUCAGGGUCCCCUUCGCUGUGCGGUCUGGCCUCGCCAGCAGACAUGGCUGUGUGUGGUACCCUUACUUAUCGGCUUCAUUGGCCUGGGAUUGAGCCUCAUGCUGCUGAAAUGGAUUGUUGUUGGCACAGUGCGGGAUUACGUGCCAACCGACUUGGUGGAUGCUAAUCGGAUAGGCCAGGAUCCUAUUUUCCUAUCCAAGCCGAGCGGGAUUCCCAAAAGUCCUGAUACCACCACCACGACAACCACUCCUACAGUCGAUGGCGGGAAGCCCACACCUAGAACCGUCACUAUCGCGAAGGGUAGAACUCGGUCCACCGCUACUACCACGACUGUAAACCCUCAAGGGAGCGGAGCCUCGGGCAGCCAAGUAACCCCACGGAAUCCCGUAAAUCGAAAUGGACGCGGACCCUCGGGUUUUACCACGACCACCGCCCCCCGACGGACGACCUUCAUGAUUGGAACGGCAACAGCUAGCCUCUCUCCUUCCAACCCAACCGUGCUCCACGACUCUACGCAGAUGUGGACCCUGGAACACACUUCCACUGAGGCGGUGUCCACCACGCUCACCGCCCGCACGCAUGGCCACCGCAAAACACCGUCUCCGACUGUCCCUCCGCUGCACUCGGAGCACUUCAAACCGUGCCAUGAGAAGGACCUGGCCUACUGCCUGAACGGGGGCGAAUGCUUCGUCAUCGAGACGCUCAGCGGGCCUCACAAGCACUGCAAGUGUCGAGAAGGCUACCAAGGAAUCCGCUGUGACCAGUUCCUGCCAAAGACCGACUCCAUCCUGUCCGACCCAAUUGAUCACCUGGGCAUCGAGUUUAUGGAGAGCAAAGAGGUGUACAAGAGACAGGUGCUGUCGAUCACGUCCAUCGCCAUGGCGAUCAGCCUGCUGGGAAGCCUGUGCAUGGCCCUCUACUGCGGCAACAAGAGGCGCAGGGAGAAGCUGCAGGCCCACCUGAAGGAGAGUCGCAGUUUGAAAAACUACACCGCUAAUUCCCAGAAUGCCCUGGAAGCCAAGAUGAGGGUCCCUAAUGCCAACCUGCAAAUGCAUGAGUUCUGCAAACGCUCGUCCCAAUCCCGCCAGGGGGGCCUGUGCGGGUCCAGCUUUGCACACUGCAACAUCUCCACCGCGCCCUCCAGCGGCUCCCGGGGGCCGGCGAAGCAUCCGAGCCCGGAUCAGAGAACCCGGGUGGCCCAUUGGUCGGCUCCACGCAUGACCCCGCCUAUAUCCAGGGGAAAGCUGAACCCAAUUGGAGGAUCCAAGUAUUCGGGCCACGCCUACCAACACCUGCAGGAAGUGGACUCAUCUGAUGCUGAAGCACCAAGAGGGUGCAAAAUGCACGUGGACGAGCGCCGUGACGACCCCAGACGAGACGCCUUCCUGCAUAUGCAAACUCCCGUUUCCACGGCGACGGUGUCUCCGUGGAGCGACCAAGUGGCGGUGCGGCCGGGCCCGUCCGAGCGCGGCCACCCGAACCCCAACGCCCGCGGCCCGCGAAGGCCCGGGGGCCGCCGCGGCCAGUCCCCGCCCGGUCCGUUCCGCUCCUGCUCCAUCCCCAUCAUCCCCUCCGUACAGUGUCACCAUGACAACGAGGCGUCGUGUAUGCAAACCGGCGUCACAACAACGAUGCCGGUCCCCGGCGGAGCCGCCGCGCCCUGCGGGGAGGCGAGGAGGGACAGGGAGGCGCACGCCGCGUUGUCUUCCACCUCCUGCUCCCCCGCCAUUGGUCAGCAGCGGGACGAGGUGGCGCUGCUGCUGGAGGAGGCGCAGGAGCAGCUCAGGGCGUUGGCCCGCAGGAAGCAGGACGAAGGCGGGAUCGGCGGCGGCGGCGGUGGCGGCGGCGGCGGCGGCGGCGGGAUCGGCGGAGCGGCGGCCAGAGAAACUGUUUGCUUCCUGAACCUCAGCGGAGGAGGUGCCGGGGCGCCGAGCUGUAACGGACCCACGCAGACCCAGUUGCUCGGCGCCAGCCUAUCACACAGAGACCUGGGCCAAAGCAGCCAGUGAGAGGACACCGCGUGGGACAUUCGGGGACGGAUGGGGUUCGACAGACUGCGGUGCCCGGCACCUGUGGGACACACCAAUGGAAAUAUGGGAUUAAAGAAAAAAAAAAAUGAAAAGAAAUGUAAUAUCUUGGAGAUUCUUAAAAUGUGCUGAUGGGAUCCUGUUUGGAUACAAACUCUUUACGCCGACGGACAGUGUAAGCAAAUGAGAAAAAAAAAACACAAAAAAAGAUUACAUGCAUUUAUUUACAAGAGAAACACUUCUACUUAGGCAAAAAGAAACCAAAUAGUCUGUCUACUCCAUGGUGUUUUUCAUUGUAAAAAGAAUAUAUAAAUAUAUAUAUAUAAAUAUAUAUGGAUAUAAAUAUAUGGAAUUCAAAAAGUGACCAAGUACAAAGUUGAAGAACGCGGCAAUGAUGUAACCGUUUUUUCUUUAGUUUGGCUUUUUUUUUCUUCUCUCUCUGUUUUGUAUUAAGUCACAUUUAGGUUCUGCCUCAAUUCUAACAGAUGAACGUCAUCAACGUAUCGCCACACGAGGUGGGGGGACCCUGACCCCGCCGACCCCCCGCGACCCCCCCGAGCCCCCCGCCCUCCUCUCACGGCCUCUGAAAACCUGUCAACACAUAGCCAAGAAUCACCGGUCUGUCUCUGUGGUUUCCAACGACAAAAAACUCCCCAGCUGGGUGCACGUAUGUGUGCGUGUGUGUGUGUGCGUGUGUGUGUGCGUGUGUUUGUGUGCUGAAGUGCAGCGAGGGAAGGAGGAGAGAAGAAGAAGAAACAGGAAACCUCUUCUGCAGUUGGUGACUUUGACACUUUGACACUUUGUUUUUAACCAAUCCAGAUUUUUGAUUUUGGUACAAAUUAUAUUUUCACACACACACACACACACACACACACGUGUGCACCCACUCACGUGUGGUCGGUUGGACGGUUGAGUAAAUGGACAGAAGGACAAAGGAAGGAGCACCGAGGGAGCUAAUCUGACAUUGUUUUGUUCCUUUUUGUUUUCCAUUUUUGUUAAUCGACGAACAAUGCUGCUUUUUCCCGAUGGGAGGGGGGACCACAUGGUUUGGGUAUUGAAACAAAUAAAUGUCUCUAUGUUGUAUCCUAUGAAUUGGAAGCUUUUGAAUCUCUGUAUGAAUUUACAGCCAAAUGUUUCUGGUGACAAAAAGUAUAACAAUGGUUGCAAUUCUGGUAAAGAUUUUUCAAAAUUACAGUUGUUUUGGUUGAUUGCUUGAAUGACAUUGUGACUCCUUUUUACAAGCACCUUGUCCAAAUGUGCAUGCUGGACUACAUCAGUCUGGUUUGCAGUGAUAUAUACUGUAUUUAUCCGUUGGUCUUCUCACACACAAUCUGGACUAAACUGGUUGGAGACACAAAGUUUCCCGUCCAACGAGCAGGUCGCCCCCCGUUCGACCUGCCUGGAAGUAAAAAAAUCAUAUUUUCAGAAUAUUAUUCAUCCACUUGUGAAAAUACACAAUGACAUGUCCAAAUUUACCAAAUGCAAAUGUUGUAAAUCCAUGUAAAUUUGUCUAUUGAUGUCACAAGUCUUUACAGACAGAUUUUUUAUUUUUUACAAGCAUCUCUUACUUUUAUUCAAUUAUCAUUCAUGUGAGAGAAGCUGCCUCUUUCCAGAUGUCAUUUUUCAAUGAAAAUCCCUGAAAGGAAAGGGAGAGGAGGCCUUGCCUCUAAGGAAUCUACCAAUUUUCUUGCUUUUCACGGUGAUUCUUUUAAAAAGGGGCUCCGAAGCGCGAAAAAAAAAAUCAACACAGAAUUAUUUUUUUAUUAAAGUAGAUGUUUUAGUGUCUGUUCAAGUCCUCGCAAAACAACAUUCAAACAUUUCAAAUUCAUCUGAGUGAAAGGUUUCUGCCAGGAGCUCCUUUCUUCCUUUCUGUGGUUCUUUGCCCGUGCUGCCAUCCAGGCCCCCCCGAGGGCACUUUUCUACAUCGCACUGCUGAACAGUUUGGGUUAUUUGACCCCCGACGCCCCCCCACCACCGGGAGCAAACGCGACCGUCCUACAGAACGGAGGCCGACGCGCUUCUGUGCACGGACGCCGAGCGGGAAAAAAAAAUGUGAAUCUGUUUGUUUGACCAGCUGUAAUCAGUGUAUGAGCUUUUAACAGAUAAAAGUCUGCAAGCGCUGUCUGUAUUUGUUUCCUUAUCUGCGGGGCGAAUGUUCAUCGGCUGCACGUUUUCACAACAUUUACAUCGUUUCCUGAAGGCUCCGCAAAACCAACACGCACUUCAUGGACGGACAGGGAGGUUCUCCAGUGACAGAGAAACAGCUUUAUUUCUCAUCCUGCUGGUUUAACGUCAUGAUAAACAGCAUUUGGAGGUAAAGGGGUGGUUUGCACUUGAUGAGAUUGUCCGGCCUUUUCUCAUAAUAAAAAUGUUGUCUGGAAUCUUAA